GCUCUCCUCUCUCAAACUUCUCACACAAAGCCAAAAACCAUGCUCUCUGCUUCUUCUUCCACCACCUCCACAAUCUUCACCGCUCCCCUCUUCUCCGCCACGCCCUCGCCCAAGUCCCUGCCACGUGUCCGCUUCCACCCCCCUCGAGCCUUCUCCUCCGCCGCCUGCGCUUCCGACCAGACCGCCACGGCCUCGUAUCUCGUCUCUGCUCCUCAUCAUCCGACCUCGCUCUACGACAUCCUCGGCAUCCCCGCCUCCUCCACGUGUCACGAGAUCAAGACUGCAUACCGGCGACUGGCAAGAGUCUGCCACCCCGACGUGGCGGCGGAGGACUCGUCGGCCGACGAGUUCAUGAAGAUCCACGACGCCUACUCCACGCUGUCCGACCCCGAAAAGCGCGCCGAGUACGACCAGAAGACGUUCCGGCGGAUCAGGCCGUUGUCGUCGGAUUACUCCAGGUACUUCACCGGCCGGAAUUGGGAGACCGAUCAGUGCUGGUAGCGGAGUUGACUCACCUGGCCGGUAACGUAACGUAGCGAAUAUUCGUAUCUACUGCUAAUCAAAAGUUUUGUAAAUAUCUAAGAACUGCAAUCAGAGCCGUUGAAUAUUUUGAUCUUGAUGGUCUCGGUGUUGCCGGAGAUGUUUGUGGUGAUCAUACACUAGGAGUGGCGCCAAUAUUCCAAAAAAAAAAGAAAAAAAAAGAAAGAAAAAAAGAAGAGAGAGAGAGAGAGAGAAGGAAAUUGUGUAUUACUGUAAUUUAGUUAGGGAGGCAACACUAUUUUUUCCUGGGAAAU